AUGUCCCAAACGCCCAGCAAAGAUGAUGAUGAGUUUCCCCAGCCACAAAGGCCCCCAUCUCCCCCACCUCACACCACAUUCACAGCAAGGGGUGUCCAUGCGCCAACGUUCUCCGCCUUCAAACCUCGCGACUACCGUAUGCCUAGUUCGCAAGCCAUGACCCAUGUUGCCUGGAACUGCGACGGGAAGAAGUUGGCCGCCGUUGGCAUCGAUAAAAUUACAAGAGUAUGGUCCCCAGAGAAAAGUGUGAGUACUUUGCACCUGGUAACCAGUUCACCCGCCUUACUAUGGUCAAUUCUCAAGAUGGAGAUGAGAGCUGCGACAAAUUUCUCUGGUGGACAUUCCGAUGAUGUCGAUUACGUCUCUUGGAACCCGACACACCCUGAUUUAUUUUGCACAUCAAGCCAAAAGGAUCGACGAAUUGUAUUCUGGGAUGCACGGCAAAGCCGUUAUAUACAGCAAUGCCCAGUGAAGAUAUCUCCCGUGCAGACAAGCUAUUCUCCGGACGGUCGUUCUCUUUUGUUUGCAUCUGCAGGACACCAGUUAUUUUUCAUGACCCUUGGAAAAGAAGGCGAGGAAACGAAGGAACAAUGGCACGUCUCUGACAAAGAUGCGAUAGGUUCAACGGCGAUCUUCAACCACGUCGGUGAUGGUGUUAUUUUAACACACCACUCUGAACAUACCCUCCGCGUAAUGGAUUACCCUUCCCUAGCAAUACGGGAGAGUCCUGCAGCCCAUGUUGGGGGAUGUGUCGCGCUUGCGUUGGAUCCUCGCGGACGAUAUCUAGCAUCUGGGGGUUAUGAUUCUAUCGUGAACAUGUUCGAUCUGAACGAUUGGAUUUGUGCUCGUACAAUUACCGCAUGCGAAAACAGCAUAAGUGCUCUUAGCUUCUCCCACGAUGGCGAGUAUCUUGCUAUUGCAAACGCAGGACCAUACAUCGAUAUCUGUGCUACGGAAACCGGCGUUCCUUUGCAUCGUGUUCCUGCACUUGCACCUUCCCCGACAGUAACCUGGCAUCCAUCCAAAUACGUGAUUGCUUAUUGUGGUCAGACCAAGAUACGUGAAGGUGGACCACCACCCGUCGCUGUAAUUAGCAUGUUUGGGUUACUUGAGUGA